UCGGCGCGCCCGCGCGACCCGGAAGCGAGCGCCGAAGCCCCGCCCCCGCCCGCCGAAGGCGCUGCCGGGAGACUCGCGACUUCCUUUCUGUGCUCGCGCUCGUCCCGGCGGCAGCAGCAGGUGCGGCUUCAACAUGCAGAACGACGCCGGCGAGUUCGUGGACCUGUACGUGCCGCGGAAGUGCUCCGCCAGCAACCGCAUCAUCGGUGCGAAGGACCACGCGUCCAUCCAGAUAAACGUGGCCGAGGUCGACAGGGUCACAGGCAGGUUUAACGGCCAGUUUAAGACAUACGGCAUCUGCGGGGCCAUUCGCAGGAUGGGUGAGUCAGAUGAUUCCAUUCUCCGACUGGCCAAGUGCGAUGGCAUUGUCUCAAAGAACUUCUAAGAGCUGGAAAUUGGGAGUGUGGAGUAUUUGUCAUAAAUAAAAGUGAUAAACUUG